GCAAAUUUUGCUUUACGUGGGGUGGCCCUGUGCCUAGAGUAACCAUCAUGGAUCCUAAUCUGGUCCGUGAAAUUCUAACUACCAAAUCUGGCCACUUUUUGAAACCAAAGAUUAACCCAAUAUGGAAGGUGUUGGUAACUGGACAUGCAAGUUAUGAUGGGGAAAAAUGGGCCAAAUGCAGGAGGAUUAUCAAUCCUGCAUUUCAUGUUGAGAAGCUGAAGCUUAUGCAACCAGCAUUCUUCAAUUGUUGUAGCGAAUUAAUUAAACGAUGGGAGAACAUAGUUGGCUCCAGUGAAACAUUUGAACUGGAUGUCUGGCCUGAAUUUCAAAAU